CGGAUGGAUUACCGCAUGCCCACAGCCUGAACAGUGAAUGUUGAAAACGACGCACUCGGCGACGGCCGGCAGCGAAGACGACGACGGGCGACGACGACCGACCGAUCGUCGGAGUGCAGCGAGGGUGCGGCAAGAGGAGGGCGGCGUGGCCGAGAGAGCUGCUGAAGGCAAGCCGUGUCCACCGAUGCUAGCUCAUAUCGCCAACACGGACGACGCGCACAGUGGCACCAGGCUUUGCAGCGCCCCGCCAGCGCCUCGCUCCUCCACUCGAAGGGGGGCGGAGGAGGAGGAGGAGGAGGAGGAGGAGGCGGAGGAGGAGGAGGAGGACAAGGAGGGGGAUGUCCGCCAAAAACUACGACGAGCAGCGAACAGAAGGCGAUCCACGUGCUCCACAUCCCGCAUCCAUAGCCGCAGCUGACGCGACCGGACCAGCCACGCCGAGGGCGUCGGCCUGGUGCGCCACCCGAACGCGGUACAGUCGGGUCGGUGGACCGUCUUCAACGCCCCGACUGUACACCAGGGAAAACCUCGCAACGUCCGGGACAUCUUUCGGGGAGCCGAGCUCCGCCAAUUUUGCGUAGAUCUAAUCUGCCAGCGUGCACCAGAACCCAAGUCGAGGGCGAGGGCUCGGAGAGCAGCGGCCCCCAGCGCGCCCCCCAGCCCGGCAGAGGGCAGUCCAGCUGGAGCGAGAAUGUGUGCGCACACUGCGCGCCAGCGCGCUCAGGAAGAGCCCGCUUCCCGCGGCACCCCAGCCCCGAGCGCGGUCCAAGAACGUCUCGAGUGGCUUCAUGAGAGAGAGGAGAGGAAGGGGAGGAGGAUGAGGGGGAACGGCACAAUGCAUCCUGUACAUUGGGGGAGGAA